AAAUCAUGGCUGCACUUAUUUUUGUUACGGAGGGAGCAGUAGAGUACAGGCAGGGCAGGGAAGGGCGUUGGUGGUUCAUCUCCUCUCCUCUGCUUGUGGCGCGCUCAUUGAAUAUUGAUGCUGCUGCAUGCUACCUGUAUUUCUGUACUACUAUCUACGACUACCCCCAUUAACAAACUAAAAUGACAGCUCCGCACUGCCCCAACAUCAUUUUCUUGUACUCCAUACGUCUCAUAAUAUAAUUUUGAGUUUUUACUUUGUAAUGUUUGACCACUCGUCUUAUUCAAAUUUUUCUUUAUAAAUAUAAAAAACGAAAAGUUGUGCUUAAAGUACGUAGAUGACAAAUUAAGUCACAAAUAAAAUAAAUAAUAAUUUUAAAAUUUUUUGAAUAAGACGAGUGGUCAAAUGUUAUAAGCAAAAACUCAAAAUCUCUUAUAUUAUGGAACGGAGGGAGUAGUAUUCAAUUCAGAUCAGUUGAUUUGAGCCGCCGUCGACGAUCCGGCCGGCCGCUUGCUUCUUCCAUAUUGAUCGAGGAGACAUCACAUGGAUCAUCAUCCAAUUCCAGCAGAUGAGAAUGAGAUGACUAGUACUAGUCCCCAGAUGCAGAUGAGGAGAAACAAGCUCUCCUCCCACUUCCAAGGAGAUAUCGAUGAUGAUGGUGGUGUUGGUGUUGUGGACAUCCGGGGGUCGCCGAUGGGGUCGGCGGAGCUGGCGCGCACCGGCGGGUGGGUGGCGGCGGUCUUCAUCUUCGGGAACGAGAUGGCGGAGAGGAUGGCCUACUACGGCCUGUCCCUCAACAUGGUCAUCUUCAUGUUCAACGUCAUGCACCGCCCCUUCGCCGCCUCCGCCAACGCCGUGAACAACUUCCUCGGCAUCUCCCAGGCCUCCUCCCUCCUCGGCGGCUUCCUCGCCGACGCCUACCUCGGGCGCUACUGGACCAUCGCCGCCUUCACCACCCUCUAUCUCCUGGGCCUCGUGGCCCUCACCCUCUGCGCCACCAUGCCCGCCCUCCAGGCCCCGGGCCAGGACGAGUGCGACGGCUUCGCCAAGCUGCUGGGCAAGUGCCAGCAGCCGCACCCCUGGCAGAUGGCCUACCUCUACGCCGCGCUCUACACCACCGCCUUGGGCGCCGCCGGGAUCCGCCCCUGCGUCUCCUCCUUCGGGGCGGACCAGUUCGAGGAGCGGAGCCCGGUGCUGGACCGCUUCUUCAACCUCUUCUACCUGGCCGUCACCGUGGGCGCCAUCGCGGCCUUCACGCUGCUGGUGUACGUGCAGAGGAACCACGGGUGGGCGGCGGCGUUCGGGGCGCUGGCGCUGGCCAUGGCCGCAUCCAACGCGCUCUUCUUCAUGGGGACGCCGCUGUACCGCCACCGCGUGCCGGGGGGAAGCCCGCUGACGAGGGUGGCGCAGGUGCUAGUGGCGGCCUACAGGAAGCGUCACAUCAAGCACACCACGGAACUGUUGUACGAGGUGGGCGGGGCCAAGUCGGCGGUGCGCGGGAGCGGCAAGAUCGAGCACACGGAGGAGCUGAGGUGGCUGGACAAGGCGGCGGUGAGGGUGGAGGGCCAAGAAGAAAUCAAUAACCCAUGGCGUCUUUGCACUGUGACCCAGGUGGAGGAGGUGAAGAUCCUGGUGCGGCUGGCGCCGGUGUCGGCGUGCACGGUGAUGCUGAGCGUGGUGCUGACGGAGUUCCUGACGCUGUCGGUGCAGCAGGCGUACACCCUCAACACCAGGGGCCUCCCCGUGGCGUGCAUGCCCGUCUUCCCCUGCCUCGCCAUCCUCCUCCUCCUCGCCCUCUACUACAGGGCCUUCGCCCCGCUCGCCCGCCGCCUCACCGGCCACCCGCACGGCGCCUCCCAGCUGCAGCGCCUCGGCCUCGGCCUCCUCCUCUCCACCCUCUCCGUCGCUUGGGCUGGCCUCUUCGAGCGCUACCGCCGCGCCUACGCCAUCCGCCAUGGCUUCCUCCCGCUCUUCCUCACUCCCAUGCCGGGCCUCAGCGCCUACUGGCUCCUCAUCCAGUACUGCCUCAUCGGUCUCGCCGAGGUCUUCUGCCUCGUCGCCCUCCUCGAGUUCCUCUACCAGGAGGCCCCCGACGCCAUGCGCAGCCUCGCCUCCGCCUACGCCGCCCUCGCCGGCGGCCUUGGCUGCUUCUUAGCCACCGCCAUCAACACCGCCGUCGACUCCAUCACCGGCGACAUCGACGCCGGACGCCCCUCCUGGCUCGCGCAGAACAUCAACGUCGGCAAGUUCGACUACUUCUACUGGCUCCUCGCCGUGCUCAGCACCAUCAACCUCAUCGUCUUCAUCUACUUCGCCAAAGCCUACAAGUACAGGAUCAAGCCCCCCACCACCCCACAUAACUAGUUCAUAGUAUUUCUACACCACUACAGUCUAGUACUAGUAGUAUCUGCUAAGUGACAUUAUAUUGAUCAAUCAAACAAAUUAAGGGCAUCCAAUAUCUUCUUUUUUAUUGAUCUACUCCUACAUAGUGCUACCUAAACUAUUGGAGUACGCCGAUGAGUUUUGCAGCAUAUGGCACACGCUAGCUUCAAGCGUGGUAAUGAUAUAUUUAUCAA